AUGGUUGGGGGUCAGUCAGGAAAUACUCAUUGGAUUCGACGUGCUUAUUUUGUUGAUCCACGAACUUCUGUGACUGGGUUGCAAUUCGCUCCAAGGCAUUUAGGUCUCCAGUUGGCUGCAGUCUCCACCGAUGGCAUGUUACGUAUCUACGAGGCUUUGGAUGUUAUGAAUUUAAGUCAGUGGCGUUUACAGUUUGAUUUUGGCACUAAAAUGUUUGCAUCCUGUUUAAGUUGGUCUCAGUCUCGAAUUGAUCCUCCGUUGAUAGCUGUUGGCAGUGGUAAUCCUAAUGAUUCUGGCGGAAAUGAUAGUUCCGAUUGUGUACAAACACAACAUUCUGUGUCGUAUCCAACAAAUCCAACAGCUGCUCCAGUCCGUGGUAAACUUGUCUUGUAUGAAUAUUCUGAGACAAGAAGACAGUGGUAUCUAACUGAAGAUGUUCUUGAAAUGACUGAUCCUAUUUACGACUUAUCAUUUGCUCCACACCUAGGUCAAUCAUAUCAAACAUUAGCUGUUGGUUCAAAAGACCUCCACGUAAUACGUAUUUGUCCAUUGCGUAAAUCAGCGAAAGGAGAUUACGAUGAUGAUGUGGGGAUUGCACUGGAAUCCACUUCGCUUGCGUAUAACCCAUAUACAAUUAGAUUGAUAUCACGUUAUGAUCAUCAUAAAGGACGUGUUUGGCGUGUUUCAUGGAAUGUAACCGGUUCAUUACUGGCAUCAUCUGGAGAUGAUGGUUGUGUACGUCUUUGGCAUGCUCAUUACUUAGGUGUUUGGCUACCAAUCUCUAUUCUAAGUUUAGAUGGUGGUAAUCUGUGUAUAACUACACUACCUGAUAAUCGAGCUAAAUUUAUGCUUAGACCAUGUUUAAGUACAGUUUUACCAAAAUUGUUUCCAUCAUCAUCAUCAACUUCUUCAAAUCUACGUCUUAUGUCGAAUUCAAACACUACACUAAGACAUAAUGAACAUGCUGUGGAUAAUAGUGUUGAUAAAACAGCCAAUACAUAUUUAGGUAAACCAUCACUUCAUGGAUGUCCCAUCCCAUUUCAGAAGUUAGCACCAGUUUCAAACGCUAAUCAACCCGGUGCUUGGCAUUAA